UAAUACACUAGUGUGUUAGGCGACAUUCAUUGAUAUACAGCGCGCAUAACUGGAUGAUUAUGACUGAAACCACUCGAUGUGAGAUGUGAUAACACACUGAGAAAGUUUUGACGAAUAUAUUUGCACAAAUAUGUGACGAUAUUCUGAGUGAGAGAUUACAAGAGAGGAGCUAACUUAAUACAAAUAUGAAAAGAAAUGCAGCUGAUGAGAUUAUGGAAGGUUAUGAUACAUCUGAGAAGAAUUUGAAACGUCAACGUCUGGAAAGACAACCAUUCUCUGUGAGUCAAGUGAUUUGGGUGAGGGCAUUAUGCGUUCUUCAACUGAUUUUCAUUUUUAGUUCGCCGUCGACACAGUAUGGAUGGUGUUGAUAACAGUUGCAAUAGUUAUAUCGUUGACCAUAAUAAAACAACUUUGCAAUUUCUUCAAGCAAAAUGCUUACGUGAAGUAUCUCAUUUUGCUAGGUGGUUUCGUCCCG